UGACCUCUGAAUCCCAAUGGAACACCAAUGGAAUAUGAAGAUUGUUAUUAAAAUCAUAGUUACUGUUUUGCUCUGUACAGGUUCUUCAGCCAACACUCCAAGAAAGCUCACGGUGCUGGUGGGCAGAGACAUGACUCUCAGCUGCCUGUUCGACAAGCUGUCUAAGCCUGUGGAGUGGAGCACUCUUACCAUCGAGUGGAACAUGUUGAAUAAAGAUGCAGAGAAGAACAUUGUGUACACUUUUGAGGAUGGGAGAGCACAUGUAAACAGAGGUGGCUCUGUGGUGGAUAAGAUGGGGCUGCUUCAAAAGAAUGCAUCUCUGCAGCUACGUAAUGUGACUGUAGGAGAUGAAGGGCUGUACACCUGCAGGAUCAUCACGCCUGUGGUCCACACAGAGAGCACCUCCCUGGAAGUGCUGGCUCAGCCUUCAGUGUUGCUCCCAGACAAGGCAGCAGUGACAGAAGGGGAGGAGAAGACCAUCCAGUGUGUCAUCACAGGUUUCUACCCAAAGAAAGUGCUCGUGACAUGGCACAUCCAAAAUGGCUCCAACACAGUCCAGGCAGGUGUAGGCCACCUUUCCCGUGUCUGCACCGAAAUGGCUGAUCACAAUCCAGAUGGCACCUACAGUACUCGCAGUGGCAUCACACUGCACUCAUCAGCAGUGAUUGAUGGGGAAAUCCAUGUCAUCUGCCGGGUGGAGCACCAGACCUACAGCUGGCCAUACAACAGAUCGUUGACACUGACUGUUGUUCAAGCUCCAUCACGGCCCUUUUACACUGCUGCCACGCUUAUAGCUGUCACCAGUGUCAUCAGUUUGCUGCUGGUAACCUUUGUCAUUGGAGGCACUCUGCUUCUCUACAGACAUUUCUGCAAAGCUCAACCAAGUGUUUCUGAAAUCAGCAAAGCCAGCAUCAUAUAUGCUCAGGUGCCAACUGACCUUACGUGCACCAUCCGAGGAGCAAGCCAGCGAGUGCUCAAAGUGAAAUGGUUUAAACUAGACAGCAGUGCAGACUCAGUGGACCAGUCAGAGUCUCUGUUGGUCAGUGAGGAUCUGAGUGAAAAGGCUUGUCUCCAUUCAGACGGCAACCAUCACACAUCUGUACUGACUGUGUGUCUGACUGUGACUGAAGACCUGAACAAAUACCAGUGUGUGGUGUUGUGCGGGUGCACAACUUUCAUCAGAGAGACCAGAGUCAGGGUAAAAGUGGAGCCAUCUUUUCUCCAGAUCUCUAGUAUUCCUCAGAUCCCUAAGGUGGAGAAGCUGCUCGUUCUCUGCUGUCGGGUGGAGAACUUCUUCCCAAAGCACAUUGACCUGGAGUGGUCCAGGAAUGAUGGUGAGCAGGUCCGCUCCAUCUCACACUUUGGGCCAUUCUCUUGGCACAACCGUCUCUACAGUGUUUGGAGUAAGAUCCAGCUGGUCAUUGCCAGAGAGGACGAGAGGGCCAUCUACACCUGUCGAGUUUACCACUCCAGCUUCCCUCCUCCAGGUUACAAAGAUGUCCUGUAUCACAUCAACACUCAAGGAACUCCUCCUAAUGUGAUGUUCAUUGGCUGUGAACCACUGUGUCCUCUGCUGAAUGAAGAGUGUACACUGCACCUGUGCAUCAAAGACUUCUGUCCUGCGAAUGUGUCAGUAACUUGGACUAAAGACAGACAAGUGGUCCUCUCCAAUGUCUUCAACACUCCCCCCAGCCUGAACAUCAAUGGCCUCUACUCCAUGUUCAGUUUUCUCAAACUCACUCCCAACGAGGACAACUGGGGCUCUGAGUUCCAGUGCCAUGUGGUUCACACUGCUCAGAAGGAGCCCGAGGAGCGGCUCUUCAGACUGCCAAACCUGCACCUGACAAACGGCUACUGAUGGCACUGAGGAAACUGUUUCAAUCCCGGAGUUUAACUGAUGCAGAUGAGUAUCUUUAAACCAGUGUAUGGGAAAUCAUAUCUGGUCCACUCAUUACUGGCCACAGUUUUGUCUCAAUACUUGUAAAUUAGGUGUAUCACAAAUUUGUUUGCUCUUUUUUGACCAUUUGCUUCUUAACAUACAUCAUAAUUUUGUGAAAUUUACUGUAUAUUGUAUUUUAUUUAGGCACACUUUGUGGGUAUCAUUUUGUUUUAUGGGUCCAUCAGACUUCUCCAUGUAUGUAGCCCAUCUGAAAC